AUGAUUGCAUCAUUUAUUGCAUGGCUUGGUACCUGUGGUAAUUUACUUUUAGUUUAUAUUUUUAUGACACGAACUUAUCCAACGUCAACAAAAUAUCCUACUGUGUUAGCGAUUCUUGAUGCAUUAAUUUGUAUUCUUUAUAUUAUGUUAUUUGGAAUUGAUGCAGCAAUUGUUUAUCUUAAAGUUUCAAAUUUAUUCAUACUAUAUCAUAUUUAUAUUGUACCAGCAUAUGUUAUCAGUCGAAUAACACAAUUAGCUAUUCCAUAUAUGCUAAUUUUAACAACAUUAGAACGUUUUGUAUGGAUAUCUGGUCAGAAGACAAAAAAAUUUUUGAAACGAAUGUUUAGCGAUCAUGGCCAUCACAUUACAGUCAUUCUUUUAUUACUUUGUUGUACAAUUUCACGUCUACCAACAGCAUUUGCAAUUGUAGUACAUCAUUUUCCAAAUUGUAACGAUUUUUUGCGCACACAAAGCACAGGACCAGCUGAUUGGGUGCACGAUAGUAAAGUUUAUUAUUUCUUCGAUUUUCAUCUCUUAUCAAUUGCUCAAACAUUUAUUCCAUUUAUUGUUCUUGUUGUGUUUAAUUUUAUUAUUAUUCGAAAAUUACCAAAAGAAAAUUUGGAUCGAGGAAAGAAUCAUAUGAAAGAAACAGAUCAAGAAAAUGGACAUUUUUUAAUUGAGCAAAAUUAUUCUACCUCAAUUCAUAAUCAACAAUUGCAACAAGAACAAUUUUCCAUUUCGAAUGCAUUAUUUGAAUUUGAUGAAUCGAAUCGAAAUGCUUCAAAAUUUGAGCAUAAAUCAAAAUCAUUAAAUACCAUCUGGAGUUCAAAGUUCAAAAGACGUAAUGAUUCAUUGUUUGAAGCAAAAAAUGGAAUAUCAAUUAUAAUGACUAAACCGUUACGUAAAAUGUCCACUCCGGUUCGUGAUGCUGUUUGUACAAUGUUUGCUAUUGUUACUAGUUAUCUAAUCAGUAACAGUCUUCAUUUGAUACUUACAAUUUUAGAAAGAUCACAAUUCUCAGUACUUCGUGAUCCGGAUGAUCCAAUGAUGGCAAGUACAUUUCACACAGUUUUUUCGGAUACAGUCAGUUUUGUUUACAUGUUUACAAGUGCUAUUCGUAUUAUUAUUUAUAUGUGUAAUCCGGCUGUACGUUUACAUCUAAAAGAUUUUCUACCAUGUUAUUAUCGAUGUAGGAAAAAGCAUUCAUUAUCGUCAACGACUAUUGCUGUUCCGGUUUAA